CACAAGCUCCGCGUCUCCUUUCUCACCCAGGACUUUUGCUUUGGCCCCUCACCAGCUCCACUGCCCCAGCAUAAAUACAGCGCCUGGGGGGUAACUCCGGACUGCCACUGGCUUCUGCAGAACCAGAGCCUGCUGUCGUCUCUGCUUGCUUUUCGGAUGUCGCAUGUAAUAUCUUUUUAAUUGCACGUGAAGUCUCACUGCACUUAGAUCUGGUCAGUCGUCUGGAUGUGUUUUCUGUGCAUUGCGUGUUCUCCCGUGGCAGAAUCGGGUCGGUGCAACCUUCCCCAUCGCUCUCUGUGUCGUGAGCGGGCCAGAUCCGGCUCCAUCCCAGUGCACGGCACGGGCCAAGACACCACCUGGUCCUGGCACAAGUGGCUGGUUGCUGACCUCAGGCUGCCUAGCUCCUUGAUUGGCAACUGUAUUUUUUCCCGUGCAUCGGUCCCACCCAGGGUUUUGCUUUGUGCAUGCCUCCCCCUGCCUCUCUCGGGCUUUAUGUCCUGGCGUGUGACACAGCAGAUGACAACAGCCCGUCCCGACCCCCUGCGUCAGGGCACAGGCGGCGUAUGGGGCUGGAGGCGUGUGAAUAUCCCGCCACAGGGACGAGGGGGGUUUUGCAUUACAGCCCUGAAAGCUCCACUCUCUGAGAGCUGUAAACAGCUCCAGCAGAUUUCCUGAGUCGGCAAUCCCGCUGCAGCUAUCGGCUCAGUCCCUGCGCCUUCGGGAAGCACCCGGGGACACAGUGCCAGCCCUGACGGGGGGUCUGCAGGAGGGUUAUCCUUCUCCCUCCCACCCUGCUGCUCUCCUGAAACUUUGCUGCCGUCAGCUGCCGCUUUCCCCCGCUCAGGCACCCUGCCAUGGCAGCCAGCGCUGCCCGCACAUCGCUGCCAGGCUCCGGGAUGCUGCGGGGACGCGGCCGAGCAGCCCACGCCGACUAGUCCUGGGGGACCCGAGCCCUGCCCGCGAUGGAGCUGGACAAGGGGGAUGUGACCGCGCUCAGCCUGCCCUCCACCGCCGGGCACGGUGACACCGACGGCACUGUCUGCCUGGACGUCCCCGAUGGCACCCCUGACCCUCACAGGACAAAAGCCGCCAUUGAGCACCUGCACCAGAAGAUCCUCAAGAUCACCGAGCAGAUCAAGAUCGAGCAGGAGGCGCGGGAUGACAACGUGGCCGAGUACCUGAAGCUGGCCAAUAACGCAGACAAGCAGCAAGCCUCCCGCAUCAAGCAGGUUUUCGAGAAGAAGAAUCAGAAGUCGGCGCAGACCAUCGCGCAGCUACACAAGAAGCUGGAGCACUACCACAAGAAGCUGAAGGAGAUCGAGCAGAACGGUCCUUCUCGGCAGCCCAAGGAUGUCUUCCGGGACAUGCACCAGGGUCUCAAGGACGUGGGUGCCAACGUUCGCUCCAGCAUCAGCGGCUUUGGCGGCGGCGUGGUGGAGGGCGUCAAGGGAGGGCUCUCGGGUCUCUCCCAGGCCACCCACACCGCUGUGGUUUCCAAGCCCCGGGAAUUCGCCAGCCUCAUCCGGAACAAGUUUGGCAGCGCGGAUAAUAUCGCCCACCUGAAGGACACGCUGGAUGACGGGCACCCGGAGGAGGCUUCACGGGCUCUCAGCGGCAGUGCCACCCUGGUCUCCAGCCCCAAGUACGGCAGCGACGAUGAGUGCUCCAGUGCCACCUCCGGCUCGGCCGGUGGCAGCAACUCAGGGGCAGGACCCGGCGGCUUGGGGAGCCCCAAGUCCAACACGCUGGACAGCCACCACAAUAACUUCGAGACCAUCCUAGAGGAGCUCCGGGAGAUCAAGGACAGCCAGUCACACCUGGAAGACUCCAUGGAGGACCUCAAGGCGCAGCUGCAGCGGGAUUACACCUAUAUGACGCAGUGCUUGCAGGAGGAGCGGUACAGGUACGAGCGCCUGGAGGAGCAGCUGAACGACCUCACCGAGCUGCACCAGAACGAGAUGACCAACCUGAAGCAGGAGCUGGCCAGCAUGGAGGAGAAGGUGGCCUACCAGUCCUAUGAGAGGGCUCGGGACAUCCAGGAGGCGGUGGAGUCCUGCCUGACGCGGGUGACCAAGCUGGAGCUGCAGCAGCAACAGCAGCAGGUGGUGCAGCUGGAAGGGGUGGAGAACGCCAACGCUCGGGCGCUGCUGGGCAAGUUCAUCAACGUCAUCCUGGCCCUGAUGGCCGUGCUGCUCGUCUUCGUCUCCACCAUCGCCAACUUCAUCACGCCGCUCAUGAAGACCCGCAUGCGCAUCCUCAGCACCGCCCUGCUCGUCCUCUUCCUCUUCUUCCUCUGGAAGCACUGGGACUCCAUCAGCUACUUUGUGGAGCACGUCCUGCUCCCCAGUUGAUCUGCAGCCCGGUCCCUGCAGCCCCGGGGGCUUUCUAUUUCCCACAGAGGAGAGGGCCGGGGGGAUGGUGGUCCAAAGCCUUUGGGUUGUUUCUUCACGUGCUCGGUUCGGUUGCUUUCCCGGCCCUCCAUCCUCGCUGCAGCCGGCAGCGAUCGCUCGGAGCGCAGCGUGUCGGAGCCGGGAUCCGUCAGUCCUCUGGGGUGUUGGCGAGGGCAGGAUGGGGAACGAGGAGGAGUUUUGGAAGGAAGUGGUAAUUUAUGGGGCGCUGGGUUUUUCUAGGGGUUUUGGGUUGGUUUUUUUUUUAAAUGUCAUUCUGUUCUGAAAGUCCAUGGGAAGGAGGUCUCCUGCAGAGAUCUUCUGUUGGCGGGAAGGAUUGAGCUGGACCAAACCUGGCUCUGGGAGAACUUUCUGCAGAGAGAGGAGAGGGGUUAGUUGGGGCUGGGUUUUCCCUUUUGUCCUUGAAGACCAAGAUGGCAAAAAGCUCAGUCCCCAGAUGGAGUGAAAGCAAAGCAUGUGACAAAGGAGAAAGCGGGUCCAAGGCAAAUGCAGCAGGACAUGCGCAUCCCACCAGCCUCUCCCAACCCCACCCCAGCCCCGCCAGGACAGAGCGGGGCUGUGACAUUGUCCCUGUGUCCCCGCGGGGGCCUGGGCAGACACAGGGGACCUGACGCCGGAGACAGCACCGGCACAAGUGAGAUCCCCUCCGCUGGUUUCCCUUCAUUUAUUUAUUUUCCCCCUCCUUUGGCUUUAGUUGAUCUGAUCUCUUCAGGGACAUCUGGACUUUCCAGCAUCACGCCUCUGAGUUUUACAGCCUCUGCACCGUGUCGUGUGUGUGUGCGUGUGUGUGCGCGUGCGGUUUUUAAUUUAAUUCAAGACUCUGUUUCCAUUUGUGAAUCAAAGCUGGUAGAGCGGGGGGAGGCAAGCAGCUGCCUUCCCAGCCUCCCUGGCCCUACACAAGAGCACAGCAUGCUGUCUCGGAUGUUUCUUAAAUUAUUUCAUACAUAUAUAUUUAUGUAAUAUAUCUAUACACACACAUAUAUAUAAAUAUAUAUAUAAAAGUAUAUGCACAGUCAGAUCCUCCUCUGGUGCAAAUGGGUGCCACUCCACUGACUUCGGAGGCCCUGAACCAAUUUGCCUCAGCUGAGAAUUUGGCCCUUAACAUUUUCUGUGGCACUUCCCAGCCCGAUGCGCAGGGCUGGUGUGGGGCAGGGGGUACUCGGGAGGGUUGGGGGUCCACCAGAAGGGGCAGAGGCAGUUCCAGCAUGUGAAGGGGAAGGUGCAUGUCCUCUCCCACCUCCCCCGUGCUCCUGGGGCCAAGCCAAGCCCGUCUGUGGCCCCACAUCAGGCUCCCUACAUCCCCUCGGCACUUGAGCAUCACCUCGCACGCUGGCACAACUCCCAGUGCGUCCCACCAGCUGGGGCUCGGUGCAGGAGCUCUGCACGGGGCAGUGGGUGUCUGCAGGAGCCCUGCUCUCUGCCAAAGGAACCAGGGGUGGGGGGCAUCGGGCUGGAGACCCCGGUUUGUACCCUGGGGCCACAGCUGAGAGCUCUGAGCAGGAGCUCUGACCCCAGGGCGCUGGGUCUGAUGCAUCAGCAAGGAGAGAAGUGGUGGAGGAGACCGAGGAUGGAGAAGAGCCAUGGCUUGUAGAGGGUGACCCCAGCAAGAGGUGGCCACGCUGUCCUUGCGAAGACCCGGCAGCAGGUACCAGAUGCAUCCCAGCCCAUCGGUUUGCACCAAAAAAACCACACACGCUGUGAGUUAGUUCAGCAUGGGGGAGUGAGGCGGGGGGGGAACAGCUGGGAGAUAAGCCUGCACUAUUUCUGAAGCACAGCAGCAGGCUGGGAUUCAGCUGCUUUGACCUGGAAAGAUGGCAAAUGGAUCUGAACUGGCUGCUGAGCAGACACGGGUGGGGAGAAGCAAGGCAGCAGGGCUUUGAGGGGACCUAGUAGUACCUCUGGCUGGUGAUGGAUUGGGGGCACACGGAUGGACCACGCUCCCAGGCAUCCCCUGUACUUACUGGAAAGGGCAUCUAGAAGGUGACACGGGUUUAUUAUCAGAGACAAGGCAGCCGAGCCCCAGUGUGCAGGACAGCGCAGGAGCAGGGGCUGUGCCCAGGUGGGACAGUACAGACCUUUGCGGAGGCUCCCUGAAGCCCGGCCCGUUGCUGCAGGUGACACCCAGGGCACAUUCUCUCUGGAGUAAACGGUCAUACCUCCAUGAACUUCAUCUGAGCAACGCGGGCUUGCCCAGAGCUGCACCGAUUUUCGGGCACAGGGCUGGGGAACCUGCCACGUCCUCAGGUUCCGCAGAGCUCCCUGCCCUGCCGCAUUCCCCACAAGGUGCGUGCUGCACCAGCACCAGCUCAGCUUUUACACCAUUAAAUAUCUGUAAGAACAAAACAGCGAGUAAUUAAAUUUCAAAGUCUGAAA